GGACAAUGCCAAAAUGAUGGUUGAAUUAGAAGGCAAAUCAAAAGAAGCUAAUGUCACUGAGUAGAUUGUAUCAAAAGAGGCAGCUGAGGCAUAGAAGAAAAAGGACGAAGUUAAUGAAAUGAGAGAUUCCUGCCAAGCUGAAUUAGAUUAAGCAUUGCCUAUCUUAGAAUAAGCAUAAAAGGCAGUUCAGAGCAUUGAUAAAGCAGCUAUCAAUGAAAUGAAGGCCUUAAAGACUCCACCAAAUCUAGUGUAAAUUGUCAUGUGUGCAGUCAACCUACUCUUCGGAGAAAAAGAAGACUGGCCAACUGCUUAAAAACUUCUCGGUCGUAUGACAUUUAUUUAAGAUCUACUUGAUUUUGAUGUAACAACAGUCCAAGAAAGAAGGCUACAGAAAUUGAAGUAAACUUAUCUAAGCAAUCCUGAUUUCACUAAAGAAAAGAUUUUGAAUGUGUCACAAGCAGCUACAACUUUGUUAGUAUGGGUAGUUGCAACUGAAAAAUUUGCUUAAGUUAAAAAAGUAGUUGGGCCUAAAGAGAAGGCAUUAAAAGAAGCUGAAGCAUCUUUGAAGAAAGUGGAAUAAGAAUUGUCAGUAAAGAUGGGAUAGUUGAAGGAAGUGUAAGAUAUGGUUAAUGAACUCAAGAGAAACCUUUAGACUUCUAUUAAUAAAUCAGAAAUGUUGAGAUAGCAAUAAUAGACAGCUGAGAUCUAAUUGGUAAGAGCAGAGAAGUUAGUUUCAGGAUUAGCUAGUGAGGCUGAGAGAUGGAAAGUCAAUGCAGCACUGUUAGAAGAAGAUUUAAGGAAUCUAGUUGGAAACAUUAUAUUGGCAGCUGGAUCAAUAGCAUAUCUUGGGCCAUUUACUUACAAUUAUAGAUCUGAAAUCAUAGCCAAAUGGAUCAACAAUUGUAAGGAGUUGAGUAUUCCUGUCAGUGACAAUUUCACUCUCUAAAGAAUUUUAGCAGAAGAAGUAACCAUUAGAGAAUGGCAAGAAGCUGGAUUACCUGCAGACAAUUUAUCAAUUGACAAUGGAAUCUUUGUUUUCAAUUGCAGAAGAUGGCCCUUAAUUAUAGACCCCUAAGGCUAAGCUAAUAAAUGGAUCAAAGCACUAGGAAAGGAAACCAAUUUACAAAUUACAAAAUUGAGUGAAAGUAAUUUCUUAAAGACUCUUGAAAACUCGAUUCGUUUUGGAUAAUAAGUUUUAAUGGAAAAUGUUGAAGAAGAACUUGAUCCAUCUUUAGAACCUAUAUUAUAAAAACAAAUCUUCAAAAAAGGAGCUCAAUAUCUCUUACGUCUAGGUGACUAGGAUAUUCCUUACAACAAUGAAUUCAAAUUAUAUUUUACUACCAAACUACCAAAUCCUCAUUACAUACCUGAAAUCAGUAUUAAAACUACUAUCAUUAAUUUUACAGUCACACCAUAAGGUUUAGAAGACUAAUUAUUGGUUGAAGUGGUGCGAUAAGAAAGAAUUGAUUUGGAAGAAAAAAGAGUUAAUUUGAUUCUUUAAAUAUCCUAAGAUAAGAGAUAAUUACAAGAAUUGGAAGAUAAGAUAUUGAAGUUGAUAUCUGAGGCAUAGGGUAGAAUAUUGGAAGAGGAAGAUUUGAUUACAACCUUGGAUGCUUCUAAAAUUACAUCUGAUACAGUCAAUUAACGUAUGGCUUAGUCUAAGAUUACAGCUGAGGAAAUUAAUUAAGCAAGAGAACAAUAUCGUAUUAUUGCUAGAAGAGGAUCAGUCAUUUACUUUGUUAUUGCAGAUCUUGCUUUGAUUGACCCUAUGUAUCAAUAUUCCCUAGAGUUCUUUAUUAAAUUAUUUAAAAAGAGACUAGAAGUAGCACCCAAUCCUCCAUCUUUAGAAGAAAGAUUAGCAGUACUGAUUGACGAUAUUACUAAAGCAUUUUAUAUCAAUAUUUGCAGAGGAUUGUUUGAGAAGGAUAAAUUGUUGUUUAGUUUUUUGAUUGCUAGUAAAAUCUAAUUGUAGGCUCAAUACAUACAUGCUAGAGAAUGGAAUAUCUUUUUAAGAGGAGGCACUGGCACAGUACCUAAUGAAGAACAUCCUUCAUUCUUAAAUGAGAAAUCAUGGAAGAACUGUAUGAUGAUAAGUAAACAAUCUCAUGUCUUUGCUUAAUUGCCAAUGUCCUUAAAAGAUAGUAAUGAUGAAUAAUUGUGGAGAGAAGUUAUGGAUGUUCAAGACCCAUGGAAAUGUGAUUUACCUCUUGUUUUCCGUUCAUUAGAUCCAUUUUAGAAGUUAUUACUAUUCAAAACACUUAGAGAUGAAAAAUUGGUUAUCUUAAUUAAAAAUUAUGUGUCUGACACCUUAACAUCAUUCUUUAUUGAACCACCCGUUUUCAAUUUGAAAGGUGCAUUUUAAGAUUCAUCUUGUACUACUCCAAUUAUAUUCGUAUUAUCUCCAGGUGCUGAUCCAAUUACAUAUUUGUUGAACUUGGCUAAAGAUAUGGAAAUGGAAACUAAAUUAAAAAUCAUCUCAUUAGGUUAAGGAUAAGGUAACAUUGCAAAGGAAUUGAUUAAAACAGGUAGAAGAACAGGGGAUUGGGUAUGUUUGUAGAAUUGUCACUUGGCUAUUACAUGGAUGCCAGAAUUAGAGAGAAUUCAAGAAUUGUAAGUAGAAGCAGACACUGAUGCCAACUAUAGGUUAUGGUUAACCAGUAUGCCUACAGAUAAAUUCCCUGUUCCAGUAUUAUAGAGUGGUAUCAAAUUAACAAACGAGCCACCCAAAGGAUUAAAAGCCAAUAUGAUGAGAACCUAUAAUGAUCUAUCUGGAUAUGAUUCUUGCACUAAGCAAGAUGAAUAUAAGAAACUCUUAUUCUCCUUGGCUUUCUUCCAUGCUGUUAUUUUGGAAAGGAGAAAGUUUGGACCCAUAGGUUGGAAUAUUCCAUAUGAAUGGAUGAAUUCAGAUUUUGAAACUUGUUAAUUAUAAUUGAAGAUGUACUUGGAUGAAUAACCAGAAGUACCAUAUCAAACACUCAAUUAUAUCAUUUCAGAAAUCAAUUAUGGUGGUAGAGUUACAGAUGAUAAGGAUGUUAGAUUGAUUACUGAUCUACUCAAAUAAUAUUUCUGUCCAGCUGUUCUGAAUGAUUCAAACUAUAUAUUCUCAUCAAGUGGUGUUUAUCAUCCUCCUUAGAUUGUAGAUUUGCAAUCAGUUAUUCAAUAUAUAAGUUCAUUGCCUUUAGAAGAUGAUCCAGAAGUGUUUGGUUUACACACCAAUGCUAACAUUACUUUCUAAUAAAAAACAGUGGCUGAAUUUAUGAGUACUCUUCUAUCAGUGCAACCAAGGAUGGUAGCAGAAAAGGGAGUAGAAGAAACUCCUGAUUAAAUUGUGUUUAAAGUAGCCAAAGAAAUACUGGGAAAACUGCCUCCACUUUUAGUUUAGAAGAAAGAAGUGGCCAUUGAAUCAUUAGCUAUUUUUAGAUCAUAAGAAGUCGACCGUUUCAUUAAAUUAGUUCGAGUUAUGAGAAAUUCAUUGGAAUUAUUAUAGAAGGCCAUUCAAGGAUUAGUUGUUAUGUCAAUAGAAUUAGAAAAAAUGUUCAAUUCCUUCUUGGAUGCUAAGGUUCCUGAAAAUUGGGAGAAUGUAGCCUAUCCAUCUCUAAAACCCUUAGGUUCCUGGGUUACAGAUCUCAACUAAAGAUUGGUAUUUAUCAAUAUAUAAUAUUCUUAGGAUUUCUUCAAAUAAUGGCUCGAAAAUGGAACCAUGAAAUCUUACUGGUUGUCAGCUAUGUUCUUCCCUCAGGGUUUCAUGACUGCCACUAAAUAGACAUAUGCUCGUAAGACCAAGACUCCUAUUGAUACUUUGACAUUCAGAACUUAAGUUAGACCUUUCUACAAGGAUAAUAUUUAGGAUGUUCCAUAAGAUGGUAUUUAAUGAUCUCAUACGUAGGUGUCAAUAUUGAUGGUCUCUAUCUACAAGGAUGCAAAUGGGAUGUUGGAACUAAUCAAUUGGAGGAAUCUGAUCCUUUAGUUUUGUUCUAAGAAAUGCCAGUUGUUUGGUAAUAUUUUACAUUCUAUUAGAAUAGGCUUGAACCCGUAAUAGCAUCAACUUAGAAUCAAAAUUCUUAGAAAUUCUACAAAUGUCCUCUUUACAAGACUUCCACUAGAAGGGGAACACUAUCAACAACAGGUCAUUCAACUAACUUUGUGUUAUAUUUGGAAUUAAUUACUGGUGUGGAACCAGCUGUAUGGACUAGACGUGGAGUUGCUCUAUUAUGUCAACUCGAUGAUUGAUUUUCAUUUAUC